GAAUCAUCAUCAGCUACAAGACAAAAUCGUUCAGUUCAUGGGUUAGUUUAAGAAUAACACAACAUAUUAAACAAUUGAAAUACUCAUCAUUCGUUAACAUUUUCACAACAUGAAAUUUAUUUCAAAAUUUUGCCUAUGUUGAUUACAUUAUCAUGAAAAAAGUGUGAAACAUGGAAAAAAAUAAAAUGUUGAGUCCAGGAGAAGGCGCUCUUUUAAAUACACACUCUGAGCAAAUUAAGGAAGAGUUUUACAAAUGGUUUGAAAAUCGAGGUCUUUUGGCUGAAUUAAGAGCGUACAUGCGGCAACUGAUGGUGAAAGCACUAGAAGAAAACAACAGCAAUGGCAAAACAAAGUGGGCAAAGAAAUCCUCUACUUCUCCAAAACUUCAAGCAAUAAAUUUGUUGGUCGUGGAUUAUUUGUUUCAUGAGAAUUACUUUUACACAGUGUCAGUGUUUGCAUCAGAGGCUCAUAUCUUGGACAGCCUGCCUCAGUACUCCAGGUAUGUGACAGAGAGUGUGCAGCAACGCAAGUGGGACCCAUCACUACUGCCUCGGUUCUCACGUCAGGAAACCGAGGACAUUCUAGACACAUUGCAUCUACCCCCCUCCACCUCUCAGCUACGUCACACCGUAGACUGCUACCUGGGCAGUCAGGAGAGUCUGCUGGCUUGUAUUGUGCGGACCAUGGUCUCAGCCACGCCUCACAGCAGCCGUAGCUAUCAAGAGGAGAGGAUGGAGGAGAUGGUAGAAGAGCGAGGUGUUAUCAGCAGCCAUCAGUUGUGGAGUGAGGAGAUGCAGCAACUAUUGCUAAUGGCUGGAGUAAAGCUCUCUCACAUCCAUCGCAUGCAACACAAGUGGGCUCAGAUAAUAGAAAAAGAAAAGCAGCUAGUAAAGAAAAAAGCAGAGGAAGAUUUUGCUGCAAGAGAAGCAGAAUGGCAGCAUGCACUAGAGGAGCGGCUGGAAGAGGAAAGGAUAGAUCUGCAAGAGAGGCAGAGUAGAGUUGAGUUACGAGAGCAGAGCUUGGCAACACUGGCUGAUCAACUGUCAACAGUCCACAAAGAUGUCACAUAUCGGCUCUCUCAACUCCAGUUGCAGAACCAACAGUUGAAUGAGAGGAGGCUCCAGCAAGAGCAAGAACAGCUACACUUGCAGCAAGAGACAAGAGAACAGGAGCUUGUAGUAGAAAACAUUGACUGUGUUCCUCCCAUUCCAAGUGUUUCCAGAUUUAGAGAGCAAGUUCCUGUUCAACCAAGUAGUAGAGUUGCUGAAGCUGAACGAAGCAGCCUCUCGAUACCUUCUACCAAAGAAGCUAUUGUUCAGACAACAGAGGUAGAAGACAUCAGAGUUUCUGCCUCCACACAAACGCUAAUCAACGCUGUCACAAUGUCUACCCAGACUGUGAUUGAACCUGUUGUUGCAUUCACCCAGACCAUUGACACUGAGGACCAUGAACUGCAGACCUCUUUUGACCAGCAAGACCCAGAGCUACUUGCGCAACUGGAGCAGGCUAGAGGAAAAAUCAGUGAACUUCAAGAGGAGAAUGUUGAGUUGAGAGCCCAUGUACUGCAACAACGUCACCGCAUUGAUGAGUUAACCAAUAGAGCUGCAAACCUCUCUAGUCAGUUGGAGGAGUCUCAGAUAGCAAUGACAGUGUUGAGAGGGAGAGAUAGUGCAGUUGUUACAUCAGCUCUCUCAACCCCGACUCCUCCUCCUGUGAUCAUAGCCCCGACAUUUGGUUACCGUACACCCCAAAGACAGGGAGGUGGAGAAGAAUCUUUAUUUGCCCCUAGACCUCAACAAGCUGCACCUAGAGUAGAUGGUAGAAGAAGGCCUCUAAGAUUUUCCUUCAGUCAGCAAGCUUCUCCAAACUCAGAAGAAUCUAGUCCAACAGAUGAAGUAAUUCAGAAUGCCAGAACAAGAAUUGAGCAGCUGCAGCAAGAAAGUAUUUUAAUACGAAGAAAUUUUCAGGAUUUUCAAAAUCGUUUACUAAUUUCAGAUUCUGUAAUGUUUCCUCCAUUACUUCCUUCAAGAACAUCUGAUUCAGUAAUGAGGGUAAGAAGAAGUGAAAUUAGACCUAACUUUUCUACAGAUAGAUCUCAUCCCCACUUUUCACUUGGCAGUGUUCAAAGACAAGGGCAAAAUCAUCAUCAAUAUAAUGAAAACCAAGACUCUAGUAGUGAGAUUUACGAUACAGUGGGAGCUGAAAGCAUUUCAAACUCAAGAAGAUUAUUCAAUCAGAGGAACAUCAGGCAUUUUGAGAGAUGGAAGCAAUUCAAAAAGAAAUUCCAAAAACGUGAAGGUUAUAACAACUAUAGUAAACGUAGCCAAAAGGCAUUAAACAGUACUACAUCUUCAGAGGACGAUGAUGUAGUAGGUGGACAAGGUUCCAGAAAGCAGGGUGGUAACCAGGAUAAAAAUGACAUUGGUUCUAUCAACGUCAACAGUAAAAUCCAACAAUCACAUGAUCACCAUCCAAGGUUGGGCAAACAAAAUAUCUUUGAUGAUGGAACUGCCAAGAAGGAAAGUGCUUCUAGAGACAAAGAGGGCCCAUCAAAUCUAACGUCAAAAGUAAGAACUCAUCUAGACAUGGCAGCUGAUAAUGAAGUGUUAACAGUUUCAUGUCCAAGUAAAGCAGAUAAUGGAAUUGAGCUUGAUCUUGAGCGUUCUGCAAAGCUCAUUGAAAGUGUAAAGGUUCUUUUAGAUGCUCAAAGUAUCAAGGAAUCUGUUGCCACUACAAUGUCCAAUGGAAGCUUAGCAGUAGAAUCAUUGCCUCGAGAUUCCGUCAGUAACCCGCAGAUUGACAUUGGAAAUAUAGAUGGUACCGUUUUAACAGCACAACAUAGUGAUUCUAAAAAUAAUGACAAACAGUUAAUUAUGUCUACGAACAAAAACAACACAACAGAUAAUAUUGCAACUUCAUUACCAACACAGACUUCUUCUAGUAAACAAGAAACACACACUGCUGUUUUUCAAGAAACUCAAGCAAAUAAAAAUCUACAAAAAAUAGACAUUAUAAAGGAUUUAUCCCUGCAUGAUAACAAGCCUGAAAAUGUUCUCUCCACUUUACCUGAAUCAAAUGCCGAAAUUGAAGAUGUAUUGGCUUUAGACAUUGGCAUUUCUUCAUCUGACUUAGGGGAUGUGGAGAGUGUAGAGAGAGCAACAACUUCCCUGACAUCAGGUAGUGACAUUCUGAGAGAGCUGAACCCAUCCAAGACAGACUCUAGCAGCAGUGUCAUAUCUGCAGGCUUUGGAGAAGAUAGUAAACACUCAUCUGAUUUUUGGGAGUAAUCAGUAAUCAUUAUGUACAGUGUAUAAAUGUGUAAAAUAUAAAUUUCAUUAAAUGUAUUCAUAGAAAAAUC